GGGCGCGGAGAUGUGCAAGUGGCGAAGCUUGACCGCGCGCAGGCGGGAGCAGCCGCCCAACUCCCGGCGCGGGAUCCGCUGAGAGGCCACGAUUUUAGGUGAUGGGCAAAUCAGAAAGUCAGAUGGAUAUAACUGAUAUCAACACUCCAAGGCCAAAGAAACAACGAUGGACCUCACUGGAGAUCAGUCUCUCCGUCCUUGUCCUGCUCCUUACCAUCAUCGCCGUGACGAUGAUCGCACUCUAUGCAACCUAUGAUGAUGGCAUUUGCAAGUCGUCAGACUGCAUAAAAUCAGCUGCUCGACUGAUCCAGAACAUGGAUGCCACUGCUGAGCCUUGUACAGACUUUUUUAAAUAUGCCUGUGGAGGCUGGUUGAAACGCAACGUCAUUCCUGAGACCAGCUCCCGUUACAGUAACUUUGACAUUUUAAGAGAUGAACUAGAAGUCGUUUUGAAAGAUGUUCUUCAGGAACCCAAAACUGAAGAUAUAAUAGCAGUGCAGAAAGCAAAAACACUGUACAGAUCUUGUAUAAAUGAAUCCGCUAUUGAUAGCAGAGGCGGAAAACCUCUACUCAGUCUACUACCAGAUAUAUAUGAUUGGCCCGUAGCCACAGAAAACUGGGAGCAGACCUAUGGUCCUUCUUGGACAGCUGAGAAAUCUAUUGCACAGCUGAAUUCUAAAUUUGGGAAAAAAGUCAUUCUUAAUUUUUUUGUUGGCACUGAUGAUAAGAACUCUGUGAACCAUAUAAUUCAUAUUGAUCAGCCUCGACUUGGCCUCCCUUCCAGAGACUACUAUGAAUGCACUGGAAUAUACGAAGAGGCUUGUAUAGCAUACGUGGAUUUUAUGAUUUCUGUGGCCAGAUUGAUUCGUAAGGAGAAAGGACUGCCCAUCGAUGAAAACCAACUUUCUUUGGAAAUGAAGAGAGUUAUGGAAUUGGAAAAAGAAAUUGCCAAUGCUACAACUAAAUCUGAAGAUCGAAAUGAUCCAAUGCUUCUUUAUAACAAAAUGACAUUAGCCCAGCUCCAAAAUAACUUUUCACUAGAGAUCAAUGGGAAGCCAUUCAGCUGGUCAAAUUUCACAAAUGAAAUCAUGUCAACUGUGAAUAUUAAUAUUCCAAAUGAAGAAGAGGUGGUUGUUUAUGCUCCAGAAUAUUUAACCAAACUUAAGCUCACUCUUACCAAAUAUUCUGCCAGAGAUCUUCAAAAUUUAAUGUCCUGGCGAUUCAUAAUGGAUCUUGUAAGCAGCCUCAGCCGAACCUACAAGGAGUCCAGAAAUGCUUUCCGCAAGGCCCUUUAUGGCACAACAUCAGAGACAGCAACGUGGAGACGUUGUGCGAACUAUGUCAAUGGGAAUAUGGAAAAUGCUGUGGGAAGGCUGUACGUGGAAGCUGCAUUCGCUGGAGAGAGUAAACAUGUGGUUGAGGAUUUGAUUACACAGAUCCGAGAGGUUUUUAUCCAGACUUUAGAUGACCUCACUUGGAUGGAUGCUGAGACGAAAAAGAAAGCUGAGGAAAAGGCCUUAGCAAUUAAAGAAAGAAUUGGCUAUCCUGAUGACAUUAUUUCAAAUGACAACAAACUGAAUAAUGAAUACCUCGAGUUGAACUACAAGGAAGAUGAAUACUUUGAGAACAUAAUUCAAAACUUGAAGUUUGGCCAAAAUAAACAACUAAAGAAGCUCCGAGAAAAGGUGGACAAGGAUGAGUGGAUAAGUGGAGCAGCUGUAGUCAAUGCAUUUUAUUCUUCAGGCAGAAAUCAGAUAGUCUUCCCAGCUGGCAUCCUGCAGCCCCCCUUCUUCAGUGCUCAGCAGUCUAACUCAUUGAACUAUGGGGGUAUCGGCAUGGUCAUAGGACAUGAAAUCACCCAUGGCUUCGAUGACAAUGGCAGGAAUUUUAAUAAGGAUGGAGACCUUGUUGACUGGUGGACUCAACAGUCUGCAAAUAAUUUUAAAGACCAAUCCCAAUGCAUGGUGUACCAGUAUGGAAACUUCUCCUGGGACCUAGCUGGUGGACAACAUCUCAAUGGAAUUAAUACACUGGGAGAAAAUAUUGCUGAUAAUGGAGGCAUUGGCCAAGCAUACAGAGCCUAUCAAAAUUAUGUUAAAAAGAAUGGUGAAGAAAAACUACUUCCUGGACUUGACCUAAAUCACAAACAACUAUUCUUCUUGAACUUUGCCCAGGUGUGGUGUGGGACCUACAGGCCAGAGUAUGCUGUCAACUCCAUUAAAACAGAUGUUCACAGCCCAGGGAAUUUCAGAAUUAUUGGGACUUUGCAGAACUCCCCUGAGUUUUCAGAGGCCUAUCAUUGCCGCAAGAACUCAUACAUGAAUCCAGAAAAGAAAUGCCGAGUUUGGUGAUCUUCAGAAAAAGCGACGUAGCCUUUGGUUAGCCUUGCCAACAUCAUGAAAAUGGGAAACUCUGUCCAAGAGAAAAUGGGCCACCGAAGUCACUGUAAUUACAUGGGGGUAGUUAACAGAGAUGAGAGAGCAUCAUUUAGAAAUGAAGUUAGGUUAUUCUGGAAAAGGUAUGGAGAGGAGGGGUGGGGUCUGGUGUCUAUCAAAUCAAUCACUUCUCACUGUGUAAAUAACGCUUUAUGUCUAAAGAUAUUACCAUUCAUUUCUGUUUCUCAUACGAUCUGCCAGUUUGAUGUCACCUCUUGAAAACAGUGUUAACCACUUGAUGUAGACUGGGAUUUCUAAUCAAAGGGAGAAAGAAGAGAUUGGAGAAUACAGUUGGCUCCAAAAGCACAGCAGUGGCAUGAGAGUUAAAACACACAUUGCCUAAUUACUUAUUUUUAUUUUUAUUUGUAACAUUUAUGCUCCUGCAAAAAUCUUCCAAAGAAUUCUUAUACAUGUUGGGCCCGUGGGACUUAAUGUAAUUUUAAACCAGUUUUGCCAAUCAUCAGUUAUUCAUCCUGAAAUCAUUGUAUUUUAAGCUACUCUUAGGGCGAAAAUGAAUGUCUGAAACUAUUUUUCAUUAUACCUGCUUUCACUGAUGUUGAAAUUCUCAAGGCUCCCUGCAAUUUUCUAAGCAAUUUCUUGUUCUCUCUCCCUCUCAAAACUUGAUCUUUUUAAGAGAUUUGUAGUAAUGUAUAAAUAAUAAUUUUUAUAUUUAAUUAUUACAUUUAUGACUAAGUAAUUAUUAUUAUAGGUAAUCACUGAAUAUCGAAGUUUCAGACAGAUAGUUCCGAACCAAGAUCUGUAAAGUGAUGUACAGAUGAAGAUUUGAGAUUUUUACGCUUAUAAAUCAUAUUGAUAAAAAACUUUAAGCACAAACUAGGUGAAAAAUGGCCAUUGGACAGUUGUCUAAAGAUACAUAAGACCUGUGGUUUACAAUCAGGAUUUUCAGAAUAAAAUCUGUCCCUGAGGUGGCUCCGAUAAAAGGGCAUCUAUAUAGCUCUGCAUCUCUUUAUCUUUUCAGGUUUGUUGUCUGAUGGAAAUAUUUUGAUAAUAAAUUGAAAUUGUGAGCCCAUUACUCACUAAGCCUAUUGUGCUAGCUGUCUAGCUUUGGAAAGUGCAUUUCUGAAUAUAAAUGAGAGACUUCCCCACCUCAGACAGACCUGCUUCUAAAAUCCUAACUCACAUAAGAGUUCUGGGAGGGGACUGUUGCGUCCCUGAUAGGAACUCAUCUCUUGAGGCUUUCAUGUUCUCUUUCCCUGUCCUUUUAGCUAGUUUGGUUCAUUUCAUUACUUGAUUAACAUUUUACAAAAGAGGCACACUUCCAACAUCCUUAUUUUUCCUAACAAAAUGAAAAUGAGGGAAUUUCUGUUCAAAAUAUGAGUGUUGGUUUUCUUGCUUCUUGAAAGAUGCCCAUUGGCCUUUUUUAAAGAAAAAAAAAGUUAUUGAAAUAUAACACACAACAGUUUCAUAAAACGUAAGUGUACCCAGCUCAGUGAACUUUCUCCUACCGUAGACAGCCCUGUAACCAGCACCUUUAAGAAACAGAACAUUACUAGUGCCUUAGAAGCCCCUUCUUCCAACCACCACUUUGCUCCUCCAAGGACAACUACUGUCCUGACUUUUAAUAUCAUACAUUAGUUUCAAUUAAUUAGUAUGUAUUCUUUUGCGUCUGGCUUCUUUCACUCAGCAUUACAUUUGAGAUUCAUCCAUAUUGUUGCAUUUGACUGUGGAUCUUUCAUUCUCAUUGCUCAAUAAUAUUCUAUUGUGAUUUCAAUAGAAUAUUCAAUAAUAUUCUAUUGUGAUUAUACUACAGUUCACCCAUUCCAUUGUUGAUAGGCACUUGAGAAGUUUCCAGUUUGGGGUUGUUACAAAUGGUGCCAUCUUUUUUAACUUGAGAUUUUAAUGGGCUCAUUUCCACAAAUAUUUCCUAAAGUUAUUAUAAAUAUUGAAAAUACAGUUUUAUACUAGCCAUGGAAAUCCUUAUCUUUUCUUCUUGUAUCACUACCACUGUUAUCAUGGACAAUUAAAAGUAUACUUAUGGGUAUCUUUCUUUAAACUAAACUGAAAACACUUUUAAGUAAUAUUGGUAAUUGGAGCAAUAGGAGGUUCCAGUUCUGAAGAGAACAACUAUCUUUGAAUCACUUAGUAUCUAUCUUAACCAAAAAGCAACCAGUACAAAUUAUAAAAAGACACUAGAUUCCCCACUCUUUAAAAUGUCAGACUCCCAUCCCUAUGGAAGGACUUGAGUGAAAUUUUAUGGGCGGAUGGGGCAGGGGGGAACAACUCUCUAGUGUCUGGAUGUCCUGUGUCUAGAAAUACCAGAUUUCCUGGGACUAAGGGAUACACCAAAGUGAGAAGGCCAAAACUUUCCCCUCCCUCACACAUGAGGAUGUUCUUAAUCUUGCAUGGCACUGUUGUUGAGUUUUAUGGAUCUCUCUCAACUAAUCCCAAUCACUUGGAGUUGUUCCAUCAGGUAAGCUCAAACAUAAAUCCAGUUUCACCAUGGAUGAAUCCUGGUCAAGGAAAGAGUUUAGAAGCUGAGACAUUAAGGGUCGGGAGGCAAUGUAACUCAGGGAAGAGGACAAAGAGUUACUCAGCAGCCACCCUUGGUAAGGAGUCUGCCUUCAUGCUUCAGUGUCCAUGUGGAUUCUAGCUCUAAGGUGGAAAGGAUGCUAUCCUAGGAGAAGAGUCUUCUCCUAGUCCUAUUCUUCCAUAAAUGACAAGGUGACUUUGGACAUUUGAUCCAUUCUCUUGGGUCUUUGCUUUUCCUCCCUGAAAUAAAAGAAAGUUAGAUUCUACCAGUAGUUCUCAACAAGAGAAGGAGAAUGUAUCCAGUACUUCUUUGCUUGUAAUUUAUCCCCCCAGUUAAGAACCACCGGGUAAAAUAAUUUCAAAACUCUUGUGUAAAUGCCUGAGUCCAAGUCAACAACGUUAUAGUUCAAAGGACACAGACCAAAAGUUUUAUCUAGUUAGGGUCUACACUGCUCUUAGUAGUUUUCUUGAAAGCCUUUAUUAUUCCUAUUGUCACAGGUGGAGUUCUCAAAGUAGAAGAUAACUGUUAGUUUGGAAAUGAGACUCC